UAACCAAAACGUGUAUGAAAUAUUCCUCAUAUAAAAACCCAAACUUUUUUCUACUAGCUUUCUUCUUCUCCAACAAAUUUUGUCCACAUAUAAAUAUCACCAUCUUUCUAAAUCAUAAAGUUAAAAGUCCAUGUACUAUAAAAACAAAACAUUGUUGCAGAAAAGUUGGAAGCACUAGUAGUAGUAGUUAUGAGUUUUGGGAAGAAAUUGCACGGACGUGCACCUCCUCCAUUGCCUAUGUACGAGCGUGUAGUUCUCAAACAUGUUCCAACUAUGGUCAGAAGAAGAUAUGAUGCAGAUUUAGAGAAGUUAAUUCAAGGUUUGUCUUCUGAAGACAGCAAAAGCGAUGGUGAUCAUGGAGCUCAAGAUGCCAAUCCUGCUGCUAUUAGUGAUGAGGAUGAUUGUGUUAAUGAUGAAGCUGAGGAUCAGAUGUAUACAAACUCUGACCCUGACACGCAAACUUGUACAGAAGAUUUUGGGAGUAAUGAUUUGGGAUCAAGUAUGAGUACUUAUUUGAAAAGUAGCAGUAGCCAAAGAGGAGGAGCGGAAGAUGUAAGCCUUGCAGAUUCCAUUGAAUUUCAUGUUGAAGAUAAAAUUGAGGAUGAUGGACAUGCAAAAUAUGAUAAUGAUGAUCAAGGUUCAUGUUCAGAAGAUUGCAAAGACAAAGAUGAUGGAUUUAUGGAUACGAUUAAUCUUGCACAUCAUGUGGAUGAUAGCGUCAAAAAUGAAAUCCUGGACAAUGAACAGGGUAUACUUGUAGAAGAUAGCAAAAGUGACAUGGGAGGAACUGAUGAAGCCAAGCUUGCAACCUUUGUGGAUGCUAACGAAGAUACAUUAGACGAUGAUGCACAUGCAAUUUAUGACAAUGAUCAAGGUUGUGAAGAUAAAGAUGGUGAAGCUAUAGUUACAAAGAACCUUGCAACUCAUGUGGAUGCACAUACCAAAACUGAAAUCCAGGACAAUGAACAGGGUACGUAUGUAGAAGAUAACAAAAGCGAGGUGGGAGGAGCCGUAGAAGGCAUUAUGGAUUCGAAUUUUGAAGAUAAAGUAGAGGAUGAUGGACAAGCAAACUUUGACAAGAGUCAAGGUUUUUGUUCAAAAGAUUGUGAAGGUGAAGAUGAGGAUGAUGGAGCUAUAGAUGCGAAUAGCCUUGCAAAUUAUGUGGAUGCUAGUGUCGAGAAUGAAGUAGAGAGCAAUGAACAUUUUUUUCAUGUAGAACAUAUCAAAAGAGAAGCUCAAGGAGCCAAAGAUGCAAAUGUUGCUUGCUAUUACGUGGAUGAUACUAGUCUCCAAGAUGAAGUCCAUGACCAGGGAUAUGGAGAAUCCGACAUAAAACAAGGUUUUCAUGUGGAGAAGUGCAAAGAUAGCGAAGGUGAUGGAGCUAAAGAUGCAAAUUUUGCUAAAUAUUAUGUGGUUAAUAAUGUCAAAGAUGACGUCCUAAACAAGGAAGAUGGAAAAUUCGACUGUGUACAAGGUUUGCAAUUAGAAGAUGGCAAAAGUGAAGAUAAAGGAGGCGAAGAUGAGAAUGUUGCUAAUUUUUGCGAUGUUAAAGACAAUGAACAAGGUAUUCAGGUGCAAGAUUAUACAUUCCAAUACUUUGGGGGUUCAAAGGGUUUCAUUUCAGAUUUUUCUGAUUGAUUCAAUGGGUUUGGAUGCUCUCAUGCCUAAUACUGGAAACAGGUGUACUUAGUAGCAACAACGCUAGCUAGUGGAAGGAUUUCGACGAAAGAACUUUAAAUAGUAAGAAAACCGGCUAAGAACAAUAUGAACUAUCACCAUAUAUGCAGUAUAAUGCGUAUGGGUUAUUUGCUUUGAUAAACAUGAGCUUUUAUCCAAGUUGUGCUAGCUAUGGUGAUGUUAGUGUCAAAAUGGAUAUUCAGGACACAGGACGAUAAACAGGGUACAUGCACUGAUGCACAAAUACGUUGUCGUAGUUAAUUCUUUGUUGUGGGCUGUUCGAUUAGUUUCUAAAAUCAUGUAACGAGUUAGGAAAAAACACCCAUGGAUUUGGAGUCGGCCACUCCUAGUAUUAUCUGUUUGAUUCAAAAAUAAAAAUCCUGUUGCCUUGAAGAUGUGGAACGUGGGAACAAUUUUUAUCAUAUUCCUAGGUGUACCUUGAGCAAGCUACACCUAAAAUCUAAUGCUAUUUUAUUGCUCAUUGCUCAUUUUGAAGACCCCAAAUGAACCAAACUCGCACUAUUUGGAGAGCUCCAAAUGAGCCAAAAAUAGCUUCAAUAGUUGAUUGUACACCCCUGUAUAGUGAACCUACUCGAAGGUGGGCUCCUCAUCAUAGUUUUUGCUGAUGGUCCCAAACUCAUACUUUAUAUCAGAAAUAGCUAAAGCAAAAAACACCAUGAUUAAAGCAACACAGCUAGCUUGUGUAUGGAUUUAGAGAAAAAAAAUCUUAAAUUGUACUUCUUCUCUACAAUAAUGAAGAACAAUUUGGAUUUUGUAUUGUUAUCUCCUCUGGUCACGAUUCCAGUUGACGAUUCAUGUUAGCCGACCCCAAUCACCUUGGGAAUAAGGCUUAGUUGUUGUUGUUGUUGUUGUAUAGUGGUUUGUCGUGGAUUGCUUUCAAUUUUAUAUUCU